AUGAGAUCUAUGGUGCCGAUUCAACGACCGGCCGCCGUCCGGGGCAUCUCCGGCGUCGUAGGACUGGCUGGCCUCACUGCCACUGGCACUUCCACCCGACCGCAACCACCUUUCCACCUCACCACUUCGCAUAGCCAGCAACGACGACGCACUUUAUUCACCUCCAACAGUCUCCUAGCACAAAAUGGCAACGAGCCUUCGCGACCCUCUCCAUCUCCCUCUUCCACUACCGCCCAGAAGCCCUCUCCCGCCGAAGAUGCCACGACAUCUCAACAACAGAAAUCCCCCGCCGCCCAAAAGCGCAAGCUCCCACUCAAGAACUCCCUUCACCGCGUCGCCAUCGUCGCCCAAAAGGGCGUCCCCGCCAAGUCGACUCCCGCCAGCACUGCUCCCGAACACACCACCGAGCCCGACGGCCGCUCGACCAUUUCGGCCGUUUGCGUCGCCGAGUCCUUCGACAUGGACGCCGUCGUCUCUCUUUUGACCAGCCACAACUUCUCUCUCGACCCCGACAACACAGGCUUCGACAUCCACGAAGUGGUCCAUGCCCGCGGGCUCAACCACGGGGACAUCUUUGUCUUUCCCUCGGGAACCAUCGUAACCUGGGCCCUUCCCCCUGACGUCGUCGACACGCUCGCGACACGCUUGCUCAUACCCGCUGCCGAAUCGCCUUUUGUAGAAAACAAGGAGGAGGAAGACCUCGAGUUCACCACCGACCCGACCGAGGAACAAAGUAAAGUCUCCGGCGACGUGGUCGUCCUCGGCACGCGCCGCGAGGUUGAGGCGGGUGAUCGGCUGGACACCACCCUUGCCAAAAUCGCCUUCUCCUCGGGUCUAGCGCGCUCUACCAAACUCGCUGUGCUGGAAUCUAGCCUGACGCGCUAUCUCGAAUCGACACGGCACAUUCCCGACCAGCUCUCGCAAGGCCUCAAGGCCCCCCUUAGCAGGGAACUCAUCCUCCAGAAGACCGGUGAACUGCUGAACCUCCGCAGCCAACUGAACCACUACAACGACCUAACCGACGCGCUGCCGGAUAUCUUCUGGGACAGCGAGGAAAAGCUGGAGACGUAUUACAGUAAGAUCGGCAAAGCGUUGGAUGUCGGGGUGCGGAUCAAGACGUUGAACGACAAGAUGACGUAUGCGCAGGAGGUCGUAAAGGUGGCACAGGAGGUGCUGGACAUUUCGGAAAAGAUGUCGAGUGAGAAACACAGUACGAGGUUGGAGUGGAUCAUUAUUAUCUUGAUUGCGAUUGAGGUGGUGUUUGAGCUGAGGAGGUUGUGGAUGGAGAGGUUUGAGACGCAUGAGGAUGAUGUGUUGAGGGAGUUGAGGAGAAUUGGAGACUCCCUUGAGGCUUUGAAGGCCAAUGGUGGUGGUAAAACUGUGGGCUCGUCGUCGUCGAAAUGA